AUGGAGGAAAUGAUGACAUCAGAGAACGAGCGCCGCACUCACGCAGCCCAGGCUGAGAUCUCUAUACGCAUGGACCGCCUCCAACUCACAGUUUUAGAACCGCUCAUAAAUACCAUGGAUCGCACGCCAGCUGUGCCGCCCAACCACCUGAGUGCGGCCUCCUCGCUUGAUGAAACAGUUAUCCAGCAGAGAGGUCGUAAAUGUCUCCCUGUCUCGUGGUCGCCGGAUACUGAAUUAAAAGGAAACUCCACAAUCCACUCAUUUGUUCAAACAACGCCCAAAAACGCGAGCCACCUUACUUCGCCGACUUUAGCAGACACUUUACGAUUUGCCGCUCGAAAACGCUUGUUGUUCGAGAAUUCUGAGAGGAUACCUUUGACACAAAAGGAGGUCGACUUCAGCAUACCGCAACAAUUUGAAAUAAGUAGCCCCAUUAAAUCAACACCGCCGAAUAAAAAAACAAGACUCGAGAAAACAAUGGAAUAUAAUGAACCUUUUGAUGUGGCAUUGAAAGGUUUAAGUCCAAGUCAACUGAUUGAUAUAAUUAAAUCUGUCACUUACAAACAUCCAGAGAUCGAAUACGAGAUCAGAAAAAAUAUGCCAGUUCCGGAUUUGUCGCCUCUCGAGCAGAAGCUUCAUUAUUUAAAAUCGAAUAUUUAUAAAGGGCUUCCGACGUCGCGGUUGACUUCUAAAAUCGAUUCGCUGGCUUACUCGCGCGUGUCUACCCAUUUGGCGGCAUUCAAGAAGUGCUUAGUAGAACAGGGAAAUGUAUUAGUGGAGUCUCAACACUGGGAGUCUGUUAUUAAAUAUGUCUUUCUAGCCUGGAAAUAUGUUAGAGCUACACCUGUAUGGGAUAAUGAGGCACAUAAUACCAACAGAAAGCAGUGUUUCAGAGCGCUGACAAAUUUUUGCAUGACGGCUCUCAAGGAGGGUAUUUUAGAAAAGGAUCUAUUGAUUGAUACUCAAGAUAAGCUACAAGGUAUGGUUGCAGACAGCGAAUACAUACAAUCAUGUAUAAAGCAAAUUCAAGAACAACUGUGAUUCAAGAAAAAGUGUGAUUUAAGAACAUUUGAAAAUGUCUUAAUAGUAAUGUCUAAGUGUGUGCAUUUUU